AUGGCCAAGGGUACCAACCAAUUCGAGAGACUCGCGGAAGCACCAGUGGAGUUCGUCAGAGACGGUACUGCUUUUAUCCAGAAGUGCAAGAAACCUGGCAACAAAGACUUUUUGAAGAUCGUGCGUGCCGUGGGUAUCGGUUUCGUGGCCGUGGGUAUCAUUGGCUACGCGAUCAAGCUCGUGCACAUUCCAAUCCGCUACUUGAUUGUGUGA